UACAAAAGUCAAAUUCGAAAGCAGUAUUUGUAAUGAUAGUUUAUUUUUGACUAAUUUUAAUGACUGCACUUGCUAAUGCAUUAAAAUAAUUCCUUCAAAUUUAUGUUAGCUCUGCAAUACUAAAAUUCAUGAUCGUAAUUACUGGUGAAUGAUUCCAUUUCUAAAAAUACACAUUAGGAAUGCAUCCUAAAUGUAAUAAGUACUUUUAAAGUGCUUCACAGUCUGAUCAAAGAAAAUUUCAGCUCAUGAAGUCUUUGCCAGUGACUAGCUCUUUAAUGAAUACAAAAUUUCUGAUGAAUGUUCAUCCUUGAGAAUGCAGUGGUAUGUAUUAAGGUAUGCCCGCCAGGUGGCCAAUAAUCCAUGUUCAGUAAUACUUCUAGUGUUAGCAGCUGCUGUUGGGUGUGCUGUUAUUUGCCUCACCUUAAAUGAUUUGCCAAGUUUUAAGGAUCCACUUUUGGGUUUUGAACCAAGAGGCACACCUCUCUCUCAGCGUGAAACUGCUUGGCAAAAUCUUCUAAAGAGCACAAGCUGGAAUGGUCCACUUACCUUUUAUCCUAAUAGCAUUGUGACAGAUAUAACUAAUGAAACUCUUGAAGCAGCUGAAUGGCAAAAAAUCUCUCAGAAUGAAAGAAAUGGAACGAAUGAAACAGAAAAUGGAGAUGGUCCAUGGGUAGAGUUAGAAACUGAAGAAGUCAGUUAUGGUCGUACAAUUUAUGAUGAAGUUAAUAGUUCUGGGCAUAUGUUGUAUUCUCGAAACUAUGCUCAUGUUAUUAUACAGUCUGUAUCUGGAGGCAACCUAUUUACUGUGGAAGGACUGAAAUCCAUUUGUGAUAUUGAUGAAAAUAAAUUACGCAAGUCUAAGUUUUUUCCUGAACUCUGUGAGCACACUCAUUGGAAUACAUGUUGUCGUAGUUGGUCAAUAUCCAAUUAUGUUGCACUUUUACGAAAUCUUUCUUCCUGUCAUGACAUAGAACAGUCAGAUGUCACAGCUGUUCUUCAGCUGUUAUUAGCAUGUGCACCUUAUUAUCAUGGUAUGAAGCUUAGCCAUGACUGCACAAUAGAUCCAGCAUUAUGUCGUGGGGUACCCCAACCCUGUUUUGAAUAUGAUGCUGUAUACAAUAUUCUGCAUUACUUAACUGAUGUUAACUUUUUAAAUCCCAACUCUCCAAGUUUUAAUGUUCCUAAAUUAACAUAUACAGCUGUGUUUCUUCCAACUGCUCAAAGCUCAGCGGCCUUAAGUUAUUAUAAAGAUUUGGAAAAUAUAAAACUGUGCAAUGAUGUUGUAGAAGUUGUUGGUAUGGAAUUGGGAUUGAAGUACACGCUGUUUGUUGACUGUUUAUUACAUGAUACUUUAUAUGUUGCCAUGGCUGGAAUUCUAAUUUUUGUACUUCUGUGGAUGUAUUCAUCAUCAUUUUUUGUGACAUUCAUAACCAUUUGCAGUGUAGCCUUCUCUGUGGGAAUGGCAUAUUUUAUGUAUACUGUCAUCUAUCAAAUAGAAUUUUUCCCCUUCAUCAAUUUGCUGACCAUUAUAAUAAUCAUAGGUAUAGGAGCUGAUGAUGCUUGUAUAUAUUGUAAAAUUUGGGCUUGUGCAAAAGCAGAAAAGAAUAAUGGAACGUUAGUAGAUACUCUUCAUCAUGCCUGCUUAUCUAUGUUUAUCACAAGUGUAACAACUGCUGUUGCAUUUUUUGGAAGUGUGAUUAGCAAUAUAACAGCUGUUCGCUGUUUCAGUAUAUUUGCUGGGACUGCUGUGUUAGCCAACUUCAUAUUCACAGUCUCUUGGCUUCCAGCAUCUAUUAUCAUGGCUGAAAAAUGGUGCUCUGCAACUUGCUGUCUGUGUAUCCCGCCACUUGGAUUAUAUUUACCACAGUUUCAACAAAUAUGGUGGUGCUCUUCAUUAUGUAAUGCUAUCUGGAAAUUACAUUACAACUUCUCUGAUUCAUCUCGGAUUUUCUUUGAAAAAAUACUGCCUUGUAUAAUAAUAAAAUCAAAAUACUUUUGGUUGGUGCUGUUCAGUGCUUUAGCUGCUGCUGGGGCUGUGGUAGUAUUCUAUUACCCAAGGCUUCAGCUUCCUGAUUCCAAAGAAUUUCAGUUAUUCAAGGCUGACCAUCCUUUUGAAAAAUAUGAAUUAUUUUUAAAAAAGCAUUUCUGGUUUGAAAAAGCUAAAGAACAAGAUUUGUAUAGAAAAUUACCGGUUCGUGUUGUGUGGGGUGUGCUUCCUAUUGAUUCAGGAAAUUACUUAAACCCUUAUGACCGUGGCGAUAUAGUAUUUGAUCCAGAAUUCAAUAUUGCUUUACCAGAAUCUCAGAGCUGGUUGUAUAACUUUUGCAUAAGUUUGCGUAAUCAGAGUUUUUAUCAGUCCACUAGUGGGCCUCUUUUGUUUAAUUGUUUCAUAGAGACUUUCAAGAACUUUAUGGAAAGGCGUUGUGUCGAUGGAAUUUCAAUGAUGGACAGGACACCAUGUUGUGAAACGUCAAAAUUUCCAUUUAGUGAGAAAAUAUUCAAUUACUGCAUCAAGGAAGCAGUAAUGAUGAUGCAUCAUAGACCUGGAUAUUUUGUGGUCUCAUCAGUAGAAGGGUUACGCUUUUCAAAGUCAAGUGGAAAAGUUCAAGCAGUUGUCAUUCAGUAUGACAGCAUUUAUUCAUAUUCAAAUUCUUACAAUGAAAUGUAUGAAUUUAAAACUGCUGUUAAUAGUUGGGUUAUCAAAAUGAUGGCUGAUGCUCCAAAGGGUUUAAAAAAUGGAUGGUUUAUUAGUGAAUUGGAAUUUUUUGAUUUGCAAGAUAGUUUAUCAAAAGGCACAGUUGUGGCAAUUGGUGUCGCUGUUGCUGUAUGUUUUCUUGCUUUAUUGUUUACUACGCUCAAUUUAUUAAUUAGUGUUUAUGCCAUUCUCACUAUUUCAUGUGUAAUAAUUGUCACAGUAGGAUCCUUAGUUUUAUUGGGUUGGAAACUUAAUGUUUUGGAAAGCACUACAGUGUCAAUAGCCAUUGGAUUAGCAGUUGAUCUGACUUUACAUUAUGGUGUUGCAUACAGACUUUCAACUCAAGAAGACAGAGAAUCAUCUGUUAUUUUUGCUUUAAGUCGUGUGGGAAGUCCUGUUGCAAUGGCAGCUUUUACUACAUUCAUGGCUGGGGCAUUAGUCUUCCCUUCAGUUGUUUUAGCCUAUUUGCAAAUUGGAACAUUUUUAGUUAUCCUCAUGGCUGUCAGUUGGAUAUAUUCCACUUUUUUUUUUCUUUCACUUCUUAGUAUUGCUGGACCACAAAAUGGACAAUUGCAAUUGAACUAUCCAUCCUUUAAUUGUUGUGAAACAUCUUCUGUGCCAGUUGAGAAAAAUCCAUAUGCCUUGUCCGAGUCUACUUUAUCAUCUAGUAGUGCAAGUUAUCCAAAUCAAAUUCCAACUAGUGAAAGUCAUGAAUUGGAACCUCUGACUACUUUAAAAGCAGGUCGAAUGGAUGUGCCAAAGUUUGUUAAAAAGAAACAUGUUCAUCGAUCUAGUAGACCUCGUUCUGGGAGUUUAUCAUCUGCCUCUACUAGAACCAGAGACCCUGCUUUAGCUGCGAAAAUUAACAGAACUCCCAGAAAAAUCAGCCUCCCAACAGUAAAUGUAACAUUUCAUGGAGAUCCAGGACCAGAUUUAUCAAUAGGUGCUGCAAGUUCGUCAACAAUUAUUUGUGGUGAUGAAGAGAAGGAUAUUGUAACACAGCCUUUAUCUAAAGAAGACAUUCCUGAAGUAUGGACAAGAAAAGAAAUUAGUGUUUAAGUAGAACAGGCACUUUCUUUCUAUUUACUUCCAUAUGUUUCAUGCAUUUAAUUUCAGUGAGUGGUUAUCAACUUAUUCCUCGUAACACAUUUGAUGUGUAUACCUUGCACACACACACACACACACACACACAAAAAAAAAAAAAAAAAAAUAUUAAUAAUAAUAAUAAA